GACCAGCCAGCCAGUCAGUGUAGCGCCGACGCGCUUGGAGUGACGACGUACCGGUGUUUACCGUUCCCCCUCCAGAGAGUUUCCUACUCUCGCGCGAAGAUUUUGAACGACUAACGAAAGAAAAGCUCUCAGUGGAUUUAUCACCCAUCGUCGCCACAGCUUCUUUUUAUGUGAAACGGAUGAUGCUGAUGCCUUGUCGAAGAUGAAAAAAACAAAAACGAAUGUUUACGAUGAGAUAAAACUCAGGAGAAAAGUUUGCGAAAAGAGUUGAUUUCUCUAAACUGCGCGAAAUCAGGUUUUAAAAAUUUUUUAAUGGCAGUGCCGGUACUUUCUUCGCCAGGAAUGGAUACACGCGAAGGAAUCGAUAGAGGUUUCAGAAUAUACGCUCGAAGGUCGAGAAUCAUACUUAUUACGAAUGGGAAAUCGUAGAAGGCUAAUCAUGACAGUGAACGGUGUUAAAUAAGUGCUUUUAGUUAUUGGUGACUCUUGCAUGGCACAGAAAAAACCUUCCAUUACAGCAACCAAACGGUAAAGAUGAUAACUAUGUACUCAGUGCGCUGGGCUCUGAAGCACACAAAGAUAAAGUGGACCGUAUUACGCGGCCGCUUCCCCAACAACUACUGCAACUGCUGCCGCCUCGCGUGAAAGAAAAUAAAACCAAAACACCCGAGGCCCACGAUGCGCAUCCCGCUCAAAGCGACCGAGGAGAACAUAUCCGAAGGCGUUCUCAUGAGCGAAACGCUAUGUCGCUUCCGGAACGAGAGCGGCGAGAUCGUCCUCGUGUCGUGCCCGAGCGUCGCGCCCCCUCCCCCCCAUCCCAGCGAGGGGGUCACCCGAGCCCGGACCAGGACGUCGACGAGGCCUACUACCACUACGACUACGAGCAUUACAACUUGACGGACGAGCAGUGGUUGAUCGUCCGGCAACUCAACACCUACUACAUCCCGCUGCUGAUCGUGGUGGGCUUCGUGGGGAACCUGCUGUCCUGCGUCGUCUUCCUCAACACACGUCUCCGGAUGAGGUCGUCCAGUUACUACCUGGCGGCGCUGGCCAUCGCCGACGUGACGUACCUCUUCAUCCUCUUCCUGGUGUGGCUCGAUCUGCUCGGGUUCAACACCUUCAACGUCAACGUCUUGUGUCAGCUGGAGAUAUAUCUCGGGUCAGUGUCGAGUUCCCUCAGCGUGUGGCUGACUGUGGCUUUCACGGUGGAGAGAUUCAUAGCAGUGCAGUACCCUCUGCAAAGACCGACCGUUUGCACAGUCCACAGAGCCAAAACCAUCAUCCUGUCUCUCUCCUGCUUUAGCGCCACUGUCCAUGUCUACGUCUUCAUCACUGCCGGGGUCAUCGUGCAUGAAGAUGAGGACGGGAGCAAGAUUACCGAAUGUAAUUUGCGGAUGGAUUACAGGGGGUUGAUGAACAUCAUCAACUGGAUUGAUACGUUGCUCACCCUCGUCAUCCCCUUCAUCAUGAUCGUCGUCAUGAAUACCCUCAUCGCCCGUCAGCUCAUCAAGUUUUCUCGGAGAUAUCGUCACCGGGAAGAUCCUUUGCAUCUGCAGGAGUUUGAUCGAGGGCCGCAAAAUGUUCUUCCGAAGCCUGGAGGAGGGGCGGGGACCAGCAGCCACUCGAGCAGGUCGCCGUGUCCCAGCUCCGGCCGAAGCGUCAACAGGAUAGCGAAGCAGCACCUCAGCGGUCCUCCGCAGUCCUCCUCGUCCUCCACCACGAAAAACAACAACAACCUCAAGAUGGCGGCGCCCUUCACCACGUCUGCUGCGACAGUGAUUUUCUGCAAUACGAAAAACCCCCGAAGCAUCCUGUCGACGCGGACACAAUACUCCAUCACCAAGAUGCUGCUUCUCAUCUCCUCCGUGUUCAUCUUGCUCAAUCUUCCAAGCCACGUCAUCAGAGUGCACGCCUUCAUCACCAGCCUCUGGGGCGGCGACGCCGGGAGCGAUGAGGUCACCAUGUGGAACCUCCAGCAGCUGUUCAUGCAGUUGCAGUACACGCACUUCAGCAUCAACUUCGUCUUCUACUCCACCUGCGGCGCCGCCUUCAGGAAGUGCCUGGUGCAGUUGUUGCCCCUGAGGCUGAGGACUUGCAGUUUUCGCAAGAGCACGAACUCUCAGAGAUACCAGUAGAGAGUAGAGAGAGAGAGAGAGUUAUAGAAAACGGAGGAGGAGACACACGACCAGUGCUCAAUUCGCAGUGAGUGAGUGAUCGUGCGUGACGAGGGAUAAUAAUUAAUUACGUUUUAGGUGCUUUUAUAUAUAGACCCUCGGGACAUCAUAGAGAGAGAGAGAGAGAGAGAGAGAGAGAGAGAGAGAGAGAGAUUCUAUUUUGCUAGCGUUUCUUGGAAAUAUACUAUACAAAGGGCCAUUUUGAAUGAAUUUUGGUUCUUGUCAGCCUCGUGUGAUAAGAUUACAUUUACGACCUCCAACGGAAACAAAGAUAGGUCGUUGUAGUUAUAAAAAAAAUGAUCUUUUGUCUAAAACAUCUCAAAAUAAGGUGAAUAUGUCGUUCAGAUCAUAUAUAUAUAUUUAUGUCGAGUAAGAAGAUGAAAAGAAUCACCAGUUAUUCGUGAAUAGAACCAGCUAAAAAAAAAAAGUCUCUGUGAGUCGACGCACUUUGGACGCUUACCCCUGGGCCACUUGAAAUGGGAAUUUGUGAAGUUUAACGAGGAAGCCAAGAGAAGCUGUGGUCUGCUAUCAACUCAGUGCGUAAUUUACGGCAGAAAUUCUGGCGAAUUGUAACAUUUCAUCGCUUUUUUUCUUACAUGCUUCCAACGUUCCCGCCACCUGGCAUAUCUAGACCGUGAGAUUAUUUUGAUAAAUAAAAAUUGUUUAUGUAUUGGAGUUUGAAUGCGUGAAGAUAAACACACA